AUGAGAGCCCUGGUACAGCGGGUAGCCGAAGCGUCGGUGGAAAUCGACGGCGCUGAAGUUGGAGGCAUCGGGCCUGGCCUGCUGGUCCUCUUGGGGGUAUCUGCUGAUGACGAUGAAGCGGACGCCGCUUACCUGGUGGCCAAGAUAGUCAACCUGCGGGUAUUUGCCGACGAUGCCAAUCGCUUCAAUCUGUCCGCACUGGACGCGGGCGCGGAGGUGCUGGUAGUCAGCCAGUUCACUCUAUAUGCCGACACCCGGCGAGGCCGCCGCCCCGACUUCACCCUUGCUGCGCCUCCCGACUUGGCAGAGAAACUUUUACGAACGCACGGUGGCGUUGCUGCGCGAUACUGGCCUGACCGUAGCCACCGGUCGAUUCCAGGCCUACAUGCAGGUAAAGUCCCAGAACGAUGGCCCGGUAACCAUUAUGCUGGACAGCGCCGAUCGCCAUCGCUCGAGGCACUGACGCCGUCAAUGGGCCCCGGACCGUCCCAGACGGUCGGCUCGUUGAAUGCCCAAUCUGGUCGCGCUCCGGAGUGGCUACCAAAGCGAGCGCUCUGCUAA